AAACAUUGAGCGCCAAAAUGUCCAACUAGUAGUUCGAAUCUUUAAUGAAUUUAUAGUCAAAGCCUUGUUGGAGUUUGGGGAGAAACAAUCCUUAAAUUAUUAUCAAGGAACUGCUGCAUUUAUAGAAAUAAUUCUUCGCUGGUGGUGGGUGGAAAAUGUGAAAUCUUCUGAUAAGGGUAUAAGACUAAAAAAUGUAUAUAUGUAUCCUCUUACAAGCUUACCCAAGGAUGAGAGAAGGUGUUUUUUAAAACAGUUCAUUGAUUGGCUUGAUGUGUGA